GCCUGCCGCGUCGGCAGCCCCGGAGCGCGCCGGACGGCGGCGGCUGGACGGCAGGGGCGGCUGCAGCUUGAGCAGCGGGGGUUGGGGCUAUGGCGGCGGCGACAGUGGCAGCAGGGGCCGGGGCCGCGGCGGGGACUGAGUCAGCCAAGGGGCCCCCGGGGUCGGCGGCAGCGCUGGAGCUGUGGCUCAAUAAAGCUACAGACCCAAGCGUGUCAGAACAGGAUUGGUCCGCUAUCCAGAAUUUCUGUGACCAGGUGAACACUGAUCCCAAUGGCCCAACCCACGCGCCUUGGCUGCUGGCCCACAAGAUCCAGUCUCCACAAGAGAAAGAAGCUCUUUAUGCCUUAACGGUGCUGGAGAUGUGCGUGAACCACUGUGGGGAGAAGUUCCACAACGAGGUGGCCAAAUUUCGCUUCCUGAAUGAGCUGAUCAAAGUGUUGUCCCCGAAGUACCUAGGGUCCUGGACCACAGAAAAAGUCAAAGGAAGAGUCAUUGAAAUACUCUUUAGUUGGACCGUCUGGUUUCCAGAGGAUAUCAAGAUCCGAGAUGCUUACCAGAUGCUGAAGAAACAAGGAAUCGUCAAGCAAGACCCUAAACUACCAGUGGAUAAAAUUUUGCCUCCACCUUCUCCCUGGCCCAAGAGCUCUAUCUUCGAUGCCGAUGAAGAAAAGUCCAAGCUGCUGACGAGGCUUCUGAAGAGCAACCACCCAGAGGACCUUCAGGCUGCAAACAGACUGAUCAAGAACUUGGUCAAGGAGGAACAAGAGAAGUCAGAGAAGGUGUCCAGGAGAGUCAGUGCCGUGGAGGAGGUGCGGAGCCACGUGAAGGCGCUGCAGGAGAUGCUGAGCAUGUACCGCAGGCCGGGGCAGGCCCCACCGGACCAGGAGGCCUUGCAGGUUGUGUACGAACGCUGUGAGAAGCUGCGUCCCACCCUGUUCCGGCUGGCGAGUGACACCACGGACGACGACGACGCGCUCGCGGAGAUUCUCCAGGCAAAUGACCUCCUCACCCAGGGAGUUCUGCUGUACAAACAGGUGAUGGAGGGCCGAGUCAUCUUUGGAAACACAGUGACCAGCUCAGUAGGAGACCUACCUGUCUCCAGAGUCUUCCAGCAACCAGCAGGCUGCAUGAAGAGCUGCCCUCUGAUUGACUUGGAGGUGGACAAUGGAUCUGAGCAGGCUGGGACUGUGGCACCGUCUUUGCUUCACCAGGACCUGGCAGCCUUAGGACUCACUGAUGCUCCGGUUACCAACAAGGUUGCCAGUCAGAAUUGCUGUAAGGAAAAGAGGACUCCCCCUGCCAGCGCGCUGCCAGAUGGUGGUGUUCAGAGCCCUUCUGCAGAAAGGAACUUGCUGGAUCUCCUCUCCCCACAGCCAUGUCCAGGGCCUCUGAAUUAUGUUCCACAGAAGAGCAUCCCUAAGGAAGUGCCCCCCGGCACUAAGUCCUCUCCAGGUUGGUCCUGGGAAGCUGGGCCAUUGGCUUCUUCCCCAUCCUCCCAGAAUACACCUCUGGCUCAAGUGUUUGUCCCUUUGGAGUCUGUUAAGCCCAGCAGCCUGCCACCUCUUAUCGUGUAUGACCGGAAUGGAUUCCGAAUUCUGCUCCACUUUUCCCAGACGGGGGCCCCUGGCCACCCUGAGGUGCAGGUGUUGCUGUUGACCAUGAUGAGCACUGCCACCCAGCCUGUCUGGGACAUCAUGUUUCAAGUGGCUGUGCCGAAGUCCAUGAGAGUGAAGCUGCAGCCGGCAUCCAGCUCCAAGCUCCCUGCGUUCAGUCCGUUGACGCCUCCGGCUGUGAUCUCCCAGAUGCUGUUGCUUGACAAUCCACACAAAGAGCCCAUCCGGUUACGGUAUAAGCUGACAUUCAACCAGGGUGGACAGCCUUUCAGCGAAGUAGGAGAAGUGAAAGACUUUCCAGAUCUGGCAGUCUUGGGUGCAGCCUAACUUUUCACAGGACAGACCCUGCCAUUCAAGCUUAGGCCGAUGUGAAUUUUGCUGUCUAGAUAGGACUAAUCAUGGUGAUUUAGUCCGGAGUGCCAAGAGUUCUAUCCUGACGUCAGGCUCUGGAUCCCAACCUCUGACUUACUCUGCAGAUACUAUUUGUUUGUGUGUGUGUGUGUGUGUGUGUGUGUGUGUGUGUGUGUUGUAGGGGGUUGUGGGGGAGGGUAGAGCAGGGCUUGGGGUGUGGACAGUGUGGGAAGUGCUAAAGCAUUUCUGACAACCAUCUGCUACAAUCAUCUGUUUCUGCAUGUUGGUGGACACGGAUGUCCCCACCUCAGGUUGGAGGUUUUAUAAGCCAAAGUUGUGUUGUGUUUUGUUUUUUCCAUGUAUUGUUAUCUUUUCAUUCAUCCACUCUGUGCCUUGUCAGCCUUUGAAAGUCUUGGUUGCUCCCAGGCUGCUGUUCUCAGGGACCUUAAAAGGGACCUGGUUGGUCUUGGGGCAGAGAGUAUCUUCUGGGGCACUCUCUUCCAAGAAAGACCUUGUCUCCAUUUCCAUUAGAGAAUGCUGCUUGCAUGUGUUUGAGAAGCUCUUCUAAAUGGAAUGCUUGUUGCACUGUUUGCCAGGCGAGGGGCUGCCACUAGAGCAGAGGACCACACUGGGUGGGCCAAUCAUGUCCUUCACCACUGUGCCUUAGAAUCACCCAGAGAGGACCUUCCAGGGCAGAGGGGAAAGCAGAUCCCAGGCCCAUGCAGGCCUCAGGUUCUGUGGGUGGGGCAGCGUGUCUGGGCCCUUCCUCAGGACCCUCCUCUCCAUUCUCAUCUUCCUCCACGAGCGUCUACUCUCAGAGCUCUUUGAUGGUGACGCCAUGCCACUCAUUGUCAGUCAUAACUGACAGGCUCACCCUGGCCUGCCGACUUCACCGUCCAACAUGAAGAACUGUGACACAAAUAGAUAUGAAAAGAGCUUAGCAGUGGUUUCAGUGGUGACUGAAUAUAGAAAGUCCUUGAAUAAAUACCCAUGUAGCAAAUACGCUUUGUGGAGUCUUGAGUAAGCAGGAGACGCAGAGCCUGGUGCAUUCAGAGGCGCUAAGCCGGAAGGGCCCUGUUGCCUGUUGAGGAAGUAGGAAGACUUCUUGCUGUGGAAGCUGGAGAGUGGCUUCAGUGAGGGGGAGGCCCUGCGGGUCUGACAAAGCUGGAAGAGAGGUGGAUUCUUGUUACAUGUGUGGUGUGAGGGGAGAACUCAGGUUCAUCACCCAUUCUUAGCGCCUGCUGUGCGAGGAGUCUUCUGUGGUCCUGCUUUGCUGGUCAGUGGGGGAAGCAAGCUGAGCCUUGUGUUAGGACCUGAUUAGGACUUCAGAAUCCGAGCCGCUCACUUGUUGGGGCAAGAUUCUACCUCAGGAACCACAAGACUCUGUUUGGGGCUCCUUAUCACAAAAUCUGGUACUUCGCAGGUUGAUCUUUGAACUUCUAUGUAUAGUUAGAGCUCCACCAACACUGAUUGGUGGGGAUGGGAGCUGUAAAGGAUCAUCUAGCUAUGCUAAUUUUUAAGCAAAUGUGAAAGCUUGUAAAACCAAUAAGUGAUGGGUAACUUCUUUGUUUGGCAUAAUUCCCAUAAGGUUCAUUUUAAUUUAAAAUUUCUUGCAUGUUCAGCUGUUCUGUAUAGCUUUUACGGGCUCUAACUAAUCUCAUAAAGUCUUCUAGAGGAACCCAUCGUAAUGAUAAUGUCUGCCUGUGCAGAACAUCCAUCAAAAUGGGUGAAUGAGAGUUAACGAGAUUUUUACCCCCUGGUUCAAUGGUGAACUUGUGUGUGUCUCAACCUUCUGUCUUCCAGGCUCCCAGUGGUGCUUUGAUGGAGUUGGACAGGGUAGGGGUGUGUGUGUGGGGGGGGGUUCCUAAAAGUGGCCCUGGUGUCUGUCAUCAGUGCCUUCUAAUCAAGUUCAGUGGCUACUGAAGGCCUGACCCGUAUCCUUCCAUUCCUUCCACAAGCAGUUGUGGAGCAGCUACUAGGAACUCCGCACUUUUGUAAGCACUGCAGAUACAACAGCAGAAAGUUCCUGCCCUCACGGACUUCUGUUCUUGUGGGGAGACAAAUCCAUGAUGUUACUGGGUGGGGAUCUGGCACUGAUGAUCAGUAUUUGUCCCUUAUCCUGAAUUCCUCUUCCAGGAUCCUGCUCACCCCUAUCUCUUGACUCAGCUCUGUGACUGUUCUCUUCCUCUAUCCCUUAAAUGUGGCAUUGCCCCAGGGUUUAGUCCUUCGGACUCUUCUAAGCACAUCCGGGCAGCUAACAACUGGAUGGGUCCUAGACCUCUAUCUCAAGCUUCUACCUCCAGAUCCAUAUUCGUCAGCGGUUAUCUGUAGGUUUCACUAUUGUCUCAGCUCUGAAGGCUUAGAAUGGAACCCAGCCUCCUCCUCCUCCCCCACCCCCUGCCCCUUCUCCUCACAUUUUCUUUUAUUUGAUAGCACCUGCCUGAGCUGUCAUGGAUCCUUGAUUCCUGUUCCUUCUAGAGCCACUCAGUAGUUUUUGUCUCAUCUAGUCUAUUUCUAAAUGAUGACAUCUCGCCCUCCCCUGCAUUCACAUGGUUACUGCCCUGGUUUGGGGAGGGGAGGCAGGAUGGUGCAGUAAAUCUGCCUCUCAGUUUUCUGAACCAUUAUACUUGCCACCACCAGAAUUAUCUAACAAAUCUGUCCCCUUGACCAUUUGAGAAAUCCUGAAUGGCUUCCUAAUCCCCUAAAAGUUGAUGCAAUCAAGUUGAAUGCUUAAUUAUUCAUUGCCCUUUUCCAACUUUGUGUGCUCCCUACCCUUCUGGUAACCACCAAGAACAAGCAGUUUGCCACAGCCACAAGAAAGUCCUUUCAUGUCUUGAUGAUGCCGUGUUUUUUCAUGACAUUAGGAGGCAGCUCCUCUCCCUUUAUCUCUUCAGUGAAUUUAAGACUAGGCUAGAGCCCUGAUUUUAUUUGCGAGCCACUGUGAGCAUAAAUGGGCUAUGAAGAUGGCAGAUGUUGAAAACAGGGUAAAUGACUUAAUGACCAAAAGAUCACGAACCAAAUAAACCAAAAGAACACGAGCGUUACUUACUAAAAAUGGUGGGGAAAAAAUUGUGUAGGGACGCCAGGGGGCCUCAGCGUUCGACUCUUGAUCUCAGCUCAGGUCUUCAUCUCAGGAUUGUGAGUUCAAAACGACUAGAUUGAGAGACCAAACAGGGUAGAAAGCAAAGGUGAUAUUCUAAAAUAUAAGUAGUGCUUGAUUACUACAAUGUUUACGAAUCAAAUUCUUCAUAUCCAAUGUAGACGAUGCCAACCCAGCCCCAAAAUAUAAAAUUCUAUCAAUUA